AUGGAGACUGAUGGGGACUUCUUCCUCCUGACCUUCUGCAUCGGGCGGGGUGCAGGGAAGGUUUGGGCAGGACCUACGAAGCAACCCAAGCCAUCCAGCCACCAAGCCAACCUCACCCAGCAAGCCUCCGAAGCCAGCACAGUUCCACUGAUAGCCAGCCCAAGAGCAACACCUCGGUCAAAAAAGAGGCCUCUGGUCAAAGCCCCGGCCAAGACCAAGCCUAAGGAGAAACCCGCCCCGGCCCCUACCCCCGCUGCACCACUCCCGGUGAAGAGGAAAAGGCCGCCCAAGGUGAAGAAGACCCCUCCAGUAUCCAUCAUGGAGAUCGAGGAAAGUCUUCCCACUACCCCUCCACCCCCAACAGCAGCGACGGAGCUCGUUCCCCUCGACUCCAGGGGGGAGGAGCCCUUCCGCUCACCCGAGGGGACAGGACAUGGGAGGAAAAAGAGGAAGAGGAGAAGCAUAUUCUCCCCUGACACUACACCCAUCCCAGCUACUCCUACCACCCAGUCCAUAGAGUGCCAGACCGCCGACCCUCCAGGCCCUGCACUCAAUGACAGCCACACCCAGAUCGCCCCACCACCAGUCCCGACUCUCUGCGACAGCCACACCCAGACCAUCCCGGUCCGAGUGCCAAAGGAGAAGCCAGAGGACGCCCGGGUCUCACUCACCCGGGUAGCGUCCGGAAUCAAGGACAAAUUCAAACAUCUACCGCCACCUGCCUGUGGAAAACCAACUAACAGGAUCUACCCAAGCAGUCGCCCCCAACCAGCCAUGGUUAUGGUCCAGACCAUAGAGGGCGAACGCUUUGAGCAUGACAUCCAUAGCUUCAAGGACCUCAAGGAGUUCCUGGAACAGAGCGAAGUUGUCUACUCAGACAACUUCGUCGCCGCCAUGGCAGCCCGCCUCGUCGACGGAUUCUUACCAGUUAUCUCCCGGGAGGAAUGCCACCUCGCAAACCUCUUCCUCACUGGCGUUCUCCAUUUGUACUCCAAGCUAGCAACACCUCCUCAGCCCACGAAGCAACCCAAGCCAUCCAGCCACCAAGCCAACCUCACCCAGCAAGCCUCCCAAGUCAGCACAGUCUCCACUGCUAGCCGGCCCCGGGUCGGGGACUACUCCCUUCGGACUUCGUACAAGUCCAACUCCUCCACCCUCUCCAUCUCCUUCGACUUAGGUCAAAGGAAAAGGCCUCUGGUCAAAGCUCCGGCCAAGACCAAGCCUAAGGAGAAGAAGACCCCGGCCCCUGCCCCUGCUGCACCACGCCCGGUACAGAAGGCCAAGCCGCCCACAGUGAAGAAGGCUCCACCAGUCGCCCCCAUGGAGAUCCAGGAGAGCCUUCCCACCACCCCUCCACCCCCUUCAGCUGCACUGGAACUCGCUCCCCUCGAAUCCAGAGGGGAGGAGCCCUUUCGCACGCCGGAAGGGACAGGACAUGGUAGAAAGAAGAGAAAGAGGAAAAGUAUCUUCUCCCCCGACUCUCCCCCUCUUCCAUCACCACCAAGCAGAAACACGGAGACCCAGACCGCCACACCACCAGGCCCGUCUCUCAACUCUAGCCAAGUCCAGACUGACCCAGUCCCGGACCCAGUUCAAAUGGAAAAACCGGAGGACCAGCGGUUACUUCUCUCCCGGGAAGCGACCAGUCUACUGGAAGCCCACAAGAGCCUACCACCACCGGCCUGCGGAACUCGCACAAACUGGAUUAAGCCAAGCAGUCGCCCCUUACCAUCCCUGGUCAUGGUUCAGACCAUAGAGGGCGAACGGUUUGAGCAUGACAUCCACAACUUCACCGACCUGAAGGAGUUUCUGGAGCAGAGCGAACUCGCCUGCCCAGACCACUUCAUCGCCGCCAUGGCAGCUCGCCUCAUCAAGGGAUCCUUCCAAGACAUCUCCAAUGAAGAAAGCAAGCUCGCCAACCUCCUCCUCGCUGGCGUUUCCCAGUAA